AUGGCCAAAAAGAAGGGCGGCAAUAAUAAGAAGAAGGGUAACAGCGCCAAAAGGGCUCCGGUAAACGACAACAACUUUCUCAACCCAGAGGUUUCCAAACCAGUUUCCGACCCGGCGGAAUCCGAGGAACAUGGGGUCCCCGAUCCAGACAACAAACCCGAUGCCCCGGAAGCUGAGAAGGACCAGGCCCCAGUCCCAGAUGCUCCUCAGAAAGAUGAAUCAAGCAGUGAAAACGCUUCCUCACCGGAGGCGGAAGCAUCAUCGGGUGCGACGACACCUCCCGAUACAGUAGAAGAGCCUAAACCCGAAGGCUCAGAACCUGAAGCAGAGACGCCAGCCGAAGAGGCUGCUCCACAAUCUGCUGAGGAAAGGCCAGCUGAGGAAGCGGCCGAGCCGGCCGCUGAACCGAGCGAACAAACAGAUACCGCUCCUGCCGACCCCGCGGCGGACGAGGCUCCUACUGAGGAGAAGCCUGCGGAAGAGACAGCGGAACCAGCGACUGCAGAACCGGCCGAAGACCAGUCACCUGCUGCGAAAUCUCCUGAAACUGAAACCACAACAGAGCCCGAGGCAACGCCUGCGCCAACCGAAGAGGCCGCGCCCGAGCCGGCUGCGGAAGCAGAACAGCCUGCUGCCACGGACGCAGUAGCAGAAGCACCCGCCCCAGAAACCGCAACUGAAGAAGGCCCGGCGCCCAGUGAGGAGAAAAAGGCUGCAACUGAGACGACCGAGGAACCUGCGGCUGAUACUCCACCUGAGUCAUCCGCGGAGGAACUCAAGCCCACUGGCAAGAAAAACAAGAAGAAGAAUAAGAAGAAAAAGAAGAAUGGAGUAGAGGAGCCUGAGCCUGAGCCGACAACAAAAUCCGAACCGGCGACGGAGCCUGAACCAGCAGCGGAACCAGAACCAGCGGAGCCAGAAACGACAGCGACACCGGAAGAAGGAGCAGAGCCCGACGCAGCUACACAGCCUGAACCAGCGGCGCCAGAAGCAGCAGAGUCAGAGGCGGCGGCGGAGACAGCACCAGCUACAAAGCCCGAAGCAGCUACGCAGCCUGAACCAGCGGCGCCAGAAGCAGAGCCAGAGGCAGCGGCGGAAGCUAAGCCAACUACAGAGCCUGAAACAGUGCUGGAGGCAGCACCAGCACCAGCCGCCGAGCCCGAGCUUGAGCCCGUUCAAAAGACGGAAGAGCCUGCAGCUGCUCCAGAGGAGCUAAACGAAGAAUCCACAGCUUCGUCGGGAAAGAAAAAGAAGAAGGAAAAGAAGAAGAAGAAGAAGGGCGGAGCAACACAGUCACCUCCACCUGAGCCCUCUGAAAACGAGCAGCCGGUGGCCAAAUCCGAGCCAGCAGCAGAGCCGGCAGCAGACGCCGUAGCAGAACCGACAGCAGACGCAGCAGCGGAACCUACAACAGAAGCAGCAGCGGAAUCCGAGCCAGCAGCAGAGCCAGCAGCAGACGCAGCAGCGGAACCGACAGCAGACGCAGCAGCGGAACCUACAACAGAAGCAGCAGCGGAAUCCGAGCCAGCAGCAGAGCCAGCAGCAGAGCCAGCAGCAGAGCCAGCAGCAGAGCCAGCAGCAGAGCCAGCAGCAGAGCCAGCAGCAGAGCCAGCAGCAGAGCCAGCAGCAGAGCCAGCAGCAGAGCCAGCAGCAGAGCCAGCAGCAGAGCCAGCAGCAGAGCCAGCAGCAGAGCCAGCAGCAGAGCCAGCAGCAGAGCCAGCAGCAGAGCCAGCAGCAGAGCCAGCAGCAGAGCCAGCAGCAGAGCCAGCAGCAGAGCCAGCAGCAGAGCCAGCAGCAGAGCCAGCAGCAGAGCCAGCAGCAGAGCCAGCAGCAGAGCCAGCAGCAGAGCCAGCAGCAGAGCCAGCAGCAGAGCCAGCAGCAGAGCCAGCAGCAGAGCCAGCAGCAGAGCCGGCAGCAGACGCCGUAGCAGAACCGACAGCAGACGCAGCAGCGGAACCGACAACAGAAGCAGCAGCGGAGCCGACAGAAGCAGCAGCGGAAUCCGAGCCACCAACAGAGCCGGCAGCAGACGCAGCAGCAGAAGCAGCAACGGAACCUGAGCCUGCUGUGGAGGCUGCACCAAAGGAGCCCCCGGAGCCUGCAACCGGAGGAAAGAAAAAGAAGAAAGACAAGAAGAACAGAAAGAGUCGACAACAGUCUCCCUCUGCUGAGAAAGCUGGGGAAGAGACGGCUCCUGCUGUUCCUGCCGAUCCUCCUGUCUCUGAUCCAGCCGUCGCGGCCGGUGAACCAACACCAGCUGAGGAUGACAAGCCUGCCACAGAACCGAUUGAGGAGGCUAAGGACCUGGAGCCUCCUCAACCUGUAGAACCGGCCUCUACAGCAGAGCCAGCCAAUGAGGAAAAACUGGCGGAGCCCACCGGGGAACCUUCUGUAGCAAAACCAGCUGAAGAAGCGCCAGUUUUAGUGGCGGCUGAGGAGCCACCCGCUGCAGAGUCUGGUGAAGCUGAGGUUUCAGCCCAAGAACCUGUUGACGAGCAAGUGCCUCCCUCAACUACGACUGAAGAGGAAGCACCCGCCACAAAUGCUCAGGAGCCCGAGCCCGCCUCGGCACCGGCCGAAGGAACACCUGUUGCGGAAACUCCUGCUGUUGAAGUCGAAGCCGAACCUGUAACUGGAGAAUCUACGCCGGAGGAGUCUACGCCUGAAAUUGUAGAUGCUCUGGGAACAGCUGCAGAGCCAGCUGAAAGCGCUGAACCACUAGCUGAAGCGCCCACCGAGGAGAAACCUGCCGCAGAAGCUGAGGAGGCCCCAGCCCCCGAACCUGCCCCGGAGGUCGCAGCCGAAGCACCAAAGGAAGUAACCGAAGAGGUCGAGCCAACGCCCGACGAGGAGAAAUCUGCCGCGGAAGCUGAGGAGGCCCCAGCAUCCGAGCCUGCCCCGGAGGUCGCAGCUGAAGCACCAAACGAAGCAACCGAAGACGUCGAGCCAACGCCCGAGGAAGCCGAGAAACCCGCCGAAGGGGCUGCUAAUGAAGACGACUUUCCCGAGUGCGAUCCUUCAGCAGGCUUCGACAAAGUAGAAGCGGAGAAGGCAGCGGCGGCGCAACAGGCAGAAAAAGAUGCUGAACUGGAGGCAGAAGAGGCGUCUCGACAAGCAGACGAGCUGAUUAACUUCGAUGAAGCCCCCGCGUCUCCCGUUGUGGAAGAAGCCAAAGCGCCUGCAGCUCCCGAAGCAGAAGCUGUUGACCUUGCGCCUGCGCCUGAGCCAGCUGAGGCUCCGGCGGAGGAAGCGGCAGCCGUCACUGUUGAUAAGACAGCGGAAGAUGACCCCAAGGCCGCCGAACCAGAAACUCCAGCUGAGGCGCAACCUGAGGCCAUUGAAGAAGCACCCGCACCUACGGUUGAGGAAGCUGCAGCGGCGGAGGAACCGUCAAUGGAGCCUACAAAGGAGCCUGAACCGAGCGAGGCUGCUCCCGUAGAACAGGCCACAGAAGAAACUCCAACUGACGAGGUUAAGGAGCCGGAGGCCAUUGCAGUCGCUCCUAAUGAGGCCGCCGAGGAAGCGCCCGCCGAAGUCGAAGUCCCGGCUGUAGAGCCAGCCGCAGCUGCCCCUGAAACUGCAGAGCCUGAAAGUGAGCCUGUUUUUGAAGAAGCAAAGCCGGAGUCUCCGGCUACCCGAGAGGCACCUGACGAGACAGUAGCUGAAACGCCAGCUGAAGAACCGCCGGUCGAGGACCAAGCUAUUGUAGCGCCUGCGGUUGAAGACCCUCCUGUUGAAGAACCAGCAGCACCAGCUCCAGCAGUUGAAGAUUUCCUCGUAAAGGACUCUGAGGCCGAGGGGGCGGCUGCACCGGUAGCUACCGAGGAACCCCCUCCAUCAGCUGAAGAAGCCUCUAGAGAAUUGGAUAUCUCGGACACUCCAGCCACAUACAUGGUCCCUGCCGCCGCUGUUGCUGCUGCUGCUGCCGCAUAUGGAGCAACACCAUCCGAGCAUCCAGCUUAUCCUGUCGCCGCCGAGCCUGCCAAAGAAUCAACACGGGCAAUCGAAGACGAGUACGUCUACGACGAGCCGUCGCCAAGGACACUAGUGCCUGAUACAUCAGCUGAACUUGGAGGGCAUGAAUCGCUGGAAGACAAGUACGCUGCGGCUACCAGAGAUUCCCUGGAACGUUCGAGGCGACGAAGACGAAAGUCAUACGCGGCCGACUACGAUGACGAACGACGACCGUCGAAGAGCUCAUCAGAAGGGCGCGGGCGGAGACAUGUCCAACCGGCUCCUCCGCCUCCAGCCCCUCAAAAGACCGAGCGAAACAAGCUAAGCCAGCGAUGGCUGGAGGCCCUUGAAGAGUCAAGAAGGCAAUACGAAGAGAAAUCUCAACGCGAACUGCGCCGGCUCCAGAAGCUUGCUGCAGAGCAAGAACGAGCGAAGCGGUCUGAACGUCCUGGGCGCACCAGAAGCACUAAAGAAAGGGAUUCCGUAUCCAAAGAGUUAAGACAGAGAAGCUCAGGGGGAAGCCGCGACGGCGACCGAGCGCCAUCGUCCAAACACUCACAGUCCACGGUUCCUAAGCCCCGGCACUUUUUGAAAUACGUCCCCUCCGAAGAGGAAGUUUCGAGCAAUGAGCCACUACCCAGGGUCAAUAGCAACAAGGCUGUAGCGAACAUUCCCGAUAUGCCGCGCAGACGCUCAUCCACGAGCCAUCAUUCUCAUGGUCACAGCCAUCGUCACCCCUCUGAAGGACGGCCCUCCAUGGAGCGGUCUAGUGGUUCCCGCCGCAGAGAAGAAGACUUCGCUCGGCUGGAAGCACGAGGCCACACAGAGAGGUCAAGCGGAUCUCGUCGUAAGGAAGAGGACCCCUCUCGAAUGGAAGUAGGACAUACCACCGAGCGGUCGAGUGGUUCUCGCCGCAGGGAAGAGGAUCCUGCUAGGGCAGAAGUACGCAGAGCUCGAAGACACUCCGAGGCGAUUGCCGAAGCGCGAGGAGUCGAGCACUCUGAGCGAGAAGAACGCCGUCCUGACCGCCGGGAACGGCGUCGUGACGAGCGUGAGCGCCGGGAUGAGUGUCAAGACGAGGCUCCCCGAUCCCGAGGAGACGAGCAUGAACGUCGGCGCCGUCACCAUCGCAGACGUGAACCUACGCCUCCGCCCAGCGCAGCGACCAAGCUCAAGGGCAUGCUGAAGGCCGUUAUCGCCGCGCACUGAUUAUGGAUACGAAAUGAACAUAUGAAUAUACGACAUUACUUUUCCAACGAACAUGCAUUACUAACUUUCAUCCUUCAUCCUUCUCCCAUUUUGCUUUGCGUUUACUUUGCAUUAUUUUGGGUUUGGCGAUGGCUGUCAGCUGCGCCGCGGCAUUUGCAUGGAGCAUCAUACAUACAACUGAAAUAUCAAUGAGGGAUUAUGAUUCAUGACACGAGGAAGCGAGCAUAAAGGUGUCCUGCAUUUGCAUAUUGGAAGAUUAUUUUCUUUGUAUAAUUUUAGAUUAGCUCCUUAUGAUUAGCUUAGGUUCUGCAUCAGGAUCUUGUAUCAUCACAGACUGCCAUACUAUAGAGAAUGCAUUCUUCGCCAGGUUUCCCCUGGUCAA